AGACUUCUUUUCACUUCACUGCACGACUCCCGCAAACUCCUCACACUUCACCAUUGUCGUCAUUAUCAAAAUAGAGGUGGCUGGCAGCCUGGGCGAAUAACCCGAGCAGCGUCCCUCGUCUUGCCUAGCUUCGGCUUCUCUCUAGUCAUUUUCUACUCCAUCUACUCCCACAUCGCAGCACCAUGGACGCGUACCGCCUCACUCUCCCACCAGACCUCCUAAACGCCUCUGGGACACCUCAUGGUCUUCCCAAUGGCCAACUAGAAAGCCUCCAGCCCUCUCCGCUCCAUGCAAGUCCACAUACCACAGGGUCCUCCUUUCUCCUUGACCUCCCGCUCGACAUCGUCAUCCACCUACUCGCCUCGCACUGUCCACCCCCCCUCCUCGCAAUCCUCUCUCGGACCUGUAAAACGCUCAACCAGUACUGCAUCCCUAUUCUCUACCGGGCCCUCGACCUAUCCUACACGCAUCUCAAGGCACCAGACUUAGAUCCCUGGAGGGCAUCGGCAGCCGAAAACAGACAGCUAGCGUGGGCUAUGCAGUUCGAAGCUGCAAUUCCACAGAGAGCUGCUAUGGGGUAUUUGCUGCGCAACCCGGCAAUUGCGAAGAGCGUAAAGAGCUUCAAGUUUACGCUGGGGUGUUCGGAGGGCGAGGAGGCGGUGUGGGAGUUGUGGGAGGUGAUGAAGUUGUUGGAGAACGUGGAGGACGUCACGAUUGACCAGCAUCCGAUGGCGCACUGCUACUAUCUGGCUGUUGAAGAGGGACUUGCUGGCUGCGUGUUUCCGAAUGCCAGGCAUGUCCAGCUGGAUGGUUUCGAUAUGGCGUGCUAUCGAGCCGAAGCGCAGGGCUGGAAGACGGAGGAGUGGAAUGAGUAUGAGUAUGAUCGGGAGUCGUGUUUUGCGGUUGUGAGGGGCCUUGACGAGCGAGGCGCACUGAAGGGAGGGCCUACAGACUAGGUUAUAUGAAGGCAGUGAUUGGAUUAUGGGCGUGGAGGUUGUUAUAGGAUUAGAGGGUAACGCUCGCAGCGUCGAAUGAUGGUACGUGUCGUGGGUCAUCCACGUCAAGAUGCGGUACUGUUGAGUGACGAACGCU